ACACAGACACACACACACAGGCGCGCAUCCAUACCCAAUCAAGAAUCACGAUGGCAAGCGGAUUACUGGCUGGCAAAGUGGCGUUCGUGACAGGCGCCGGUUCUGGCAUUGGACGUGCCACCUGUCGCAUAUUGGCACGUGACGGCGCCAAGGUCAUUGCCGCGGAUCGCAAUCUGGAGUCGGCUCAGGAGACGGCCAAGCAGCUGGGCGCCGAGCGAGCUGCCGCUGUGGAGGUGGACGUCUCGUCGGCGCAGAGCGUCCAGAGUGCGGUGGCCGCGGCGCUGGCACAGUUCAAGCAGGCGCCCAGCAUUGUGGUCAACUCGGCCGGGAUCACCCGUGACGGCUACCUGCUCAAGAUGCCCGAGCGCGAUUACGAUGAUGUGUACAGUGUCAACCUGAAGGGCACGUUUCUGGUGACGCAACAGUUCGCCAAGGCGAUGAUCGAGCAGCAGCUGACCGACUGCAGCAUCGUCAAUCUAUCGAGCAUUGUGGCGAGGCUGAACAAUGUGGGCCAGGCUAACUAUGCGGCCACCAAGGCGGGCGUCAUCUCCUUCACGGAGGUGGCAUCCAAGGAGUUCGGCAAGUUCGGCAUACGCGUCAAUUGCAUUCUGCCCGGCUACAUAGACACGCCCAUGGUGGCGGUGGUGCCCGAUAAGAUCAAGCAGCAGGUGGUCCAGCGCUGUCCGCUGGGCCGCUUGGGCCAGCCCGAGGAGAUUGCCGAGGUAAUUGCCUUCCUCGCCUCCCAGAAGUCCGCCUACGUGAACGGAGCAGCCAUUGAGGUCACCGGCGGCCUCAAGUGAAGCCGUAAGCUCGUGAAGCUCGGAUCGCUGCCCGCCCUGAAAAAGAAGCCGUUUGCAUUUAUUUGUUAUAGCUAAACAAUUAAACCCUUUAUUAUUUUUAGUUAAA